CAACGGCCUAACCGAACCAUAGAAAGCUCGGGUCGAGAGAGCAAAGGGCCGAAAGGCCAAUUAACCAAAACGGCAAAGCAACGCAAACACUACGACAACAAUUAAACCUGCUGAUAGUCUCAUAUUCAACUAGUCUAGCGGGAAGAAGAACCCUUUGGCCGCUAGGGUUUAGCAGAUUGAAGUGAAGAACAGGAUAGUGUCUGAGUACAAAAGAUAGGAAGUAUUUUAAAUAGUUGAGGUCAAGAUGCAAGUUGCUCCUAGAGAGGGUGAUAAUGCUCUGUCUGUCCCUGGUUCAAGGCCAAUGGAAUGGUCUACUGUUCCAUAUACUGGGCUACAAGGGCCUGGGCCAAGUGGAAAGCAACGGACAUCAAGUUUGGAAUCGACUAUCAUGUUACUCACAGGUCAUCAGAGUGCCGUAUAUACAAUGAAAUUUAAUCCAGCUGGAAAUCUCAUUGCUUCUGGAUCACAUGACAAGGAUAUCUUUCUAUGGUAUGUCCAUGGUGAGUGCAAAAAUUUCAUGGUCUUGAAAGGGCACAAAAAUGCAGUUCUGGAUCUUCACUGGACUACUGAUGGAUCCCAGAUAAUAUCAGCCAGUCCUGACAAAACUGUCAGGGCAUGGGAUAUUGAAACCGGGAAACAGAUAAAGAAAAUGGCAGAACACUCGUCUUUUGUGAAUUCAUGUUGUCCUACUCGGAGGGGGCCUCCACUUGUUGUUAGUGGAUCUGAUGAUGGAACCGCAAAACUUUGGGAUAUGCGGCAGAGGGGAGCAAUCCAAACUUUUCCAGAUAAAUACCAAAUCACAGCUGUUAGUUUCUCUGAUGCGUCAGAUAAGAUUUUCACAGGUGGUAUAGACAAUGAAGUAAAGGUAUGGGAUCUGCGCAAAGGUGAAGUAACCAUGAAACUUGAAGGUCAUCAAGAUAUGAUCACAGGUAUGCAGUUGAGUCCUGAUGGCUCAUAUCUUCUUACUAAUGGUAUGGACUGCAAGCUUUGCAUUUGGGACAUGCGUCCUUAUGCACCACAAAAUCGCUGUGUUAAGAUACUGGAAGGUCACCAACACAACUUUGAAAAGAACUUGUUGAAAUGUAACUGGUCACCUGAUGGAACCAAGGUUACAGCUGGUAGUUCUGAUCGAAUGGUUUAUAUAUGGGACACAACUUCUCGGCGCAUACUGUAUAAGCUUCCUGGCCACACUGGAUCAGUCAACGAGUGUGUCUUCCACCCUCAUGAGCCUAUAAUUGGAUCUUGCAGUAGUGAUAAACAGAUUUAUCUUGGGGAGAUUUGAUUAGCAUUUUACCAUGUUAUCUGUGAGCCAAAAUGAAUUUGACUUCUUGGAGAGUACCUGCAAAUUUGUUGAAGUAAUGUAUUCCUCCUAUACCUUCAUGGUUGAAUUCUACUACUUUACUAAUCAUCUGAUACACUUGCUAAAAUGCUCCUGCUUUUUGCUGAAAUGUCAAAGUUGUUUUUGGUUGA